GUAUUCUAGGCAGUUAGUUGUUUUGAUUUUAGUUCAAAAUAAACAUCGCCAGAAGAAUCAAAGAAGCGUGAAAAGUGAUUUAGUGGUUGAAUGUUGAACAGAAUAUCAAUAUGAAUGAUCCUAACAGGAAAAUAGAAAUCGACAAGUCUUCGCUUUUAAGUUUAAAAGCGGAGCUACUACGGAAGCAGGAGGAAGUUAGUCGAGCGAAAGCGUUCACAUCGAUCGAUGAUUUUGUACCGAAGAAAGUGCCUAAAGCAGAAAAAUCGUAUUCGUCUGAUAAAAAAGAACCCAAGUCGAAAACGGAAAAGAAUGCAAUCGAAUUGGAGGACUCAGCCCAGUUGGAAAGAUCCAAGAAAAAGCUUGUCGUUAAAGCUAAGUAUUACGACCGUAUGGUUGCUUCCGGUGGAGCUCUAAAUAGUGAUGAAAAUUGUUUGGUGAUGUUCAACCAGAAGCGACAAACCGAGAAACCGAUGGAUAACUCUUAUGGUAGCUCUGACGAUUCUAUAUCCUUAGAGGAGGAAGGUCCAAGAGAGACAGAAAUUCGUCGAAACAACCCGAACGAAGAUUGGGUCGAGUACACCGAUUUUCUUGGUAGAAGUCGAAGAUGUCUACGGAGGGACCUAGACGAAUGUUUACGCAAAGAUAAAGAGCUUUCACGGUGUACUAGCCCUCGCGAAGGACAGAGAAAUGCCAAAACCCAACAUCUGGAGUCUGAGAGUGAUGAUGAUGGCAACAUCAUAGGCCCUGUACCAUCAGUAGCUAUUACGGAAGAUACCAUUGGUGACAGGUUCCGUGAAAUGCGCGAGCAAUGGGCCACGCAGGAGGCUGAGAAUUUGGAGAAAGAUUCAGUACAUUACCAGGACGUUCUUUUCGACGAGGCUCGCCAGCAUGGCGUCGGAUACUACGCGUUUUCCACUGACCGAGAAGAGCGCGAUAGACAGCAGCGGGAGUUGGAUUCAAUUCGCGAUGGGACUAUCGAAGCUCAAAAGGAGAAGGAAGAUUUGCGUAAGGCACGCGACCGGAUAAUAGCUGACCGAAUGAAGGCGGCCAAAGCGAGGCAGCGUGCCCGCCUGGGACUCCCGCCGGAGGAAGAAGUGCCAGCCGCAGAUGCAGAUGCUACAGUGGAGGAUGAACUUUACGACACUAUGGAAGACAAGAAACGCACGAAGGCGGAGGCGAAGGCGCGAAAAAAGAAAGAGAAAGAGGAACGGAAGAAGGAACGUGAACGACAAAAACACGUUCGACCUUGGGACGAAGGGAAGCAGAAAGAUGAUGAAAUGGAGUGGAAACCGGCGAAGGAGUGGCACGUUAUGUCUCAGGACGAGUGGAACGAGAUGAAGCGAAAGGAACGGAUAUGCGAGUUUGCCCCUCCUAAAAACUAUUCAGCGUCGUCAAAAGAAAAUGCGCGUUAUAACUUCCCACAGGACUCAGGAAAUAACUUGAAAAAUGUUGAACAUUGUAGAGUUGAUAAUGAUGAUGAUGAUGAUGAUGAUGAAGAUGAGGAUGAUAAUAAAGAUGAAUCUAUUGAUGAGCUCCACCUUAAUCAAUACCCGCACCAGAACGAAGUGAUGCACGAUAAUCCACUUUCAUCGUCAUUUAAAGAAACUGGGGAUGAAGAAGUUAGCAUGCCUUCCAUUCCGGGAAUGGAAGAGAUUUUCCUUCCAGAAGAAUCGAAUCGCACGCUGUUUUUCACUACCAAGAAACAGAAGAAGGAAUUCAAGCGGCGGAAUUAUGACAACUCGAUGGGGGAUGGUGCACCCGAAAAGAAGACCAAACCACAAGAGUCCGUGCCGAUACGCAAAGAACUAACUGAUGAUUCCGAUGGCGAAAGUGAGCGAAAUCAGGGGGAGAGUGGAGUUGAAAUUGCACCGCCACCCACUUAUGAUUACUAUGGUCCCACAAGUACUGGAACACAGCGAAGAUCACGUCAGCCACCGGUCGCGAAAACGGCUCUUGAGUCAUCAAUCGAAGCUGGGCUAAGGUUUUUGCGGCAGCAAUCUGAUAAGGGUGGACCAAGUAUGGGUACUAAAAAUAAAUGGUCAUCGAAUGCAAACUACUGAGUGGAGUGCUA